AUGCUCCAGAGCCAUGGCCAUGGCUUUCCUGCAAGCACCUGCGGACCUGCUCUGAGCUUCUUCGCGCUUGCGCUCUGCUUGGCCCUGCAGGACCGGGGGUUGGCGGAAGCAGCGGAAGCGAGUGCGGGUGCGGGCGUGGCUUGGGUUGGCAUCAACGGCGGCUUCGACGAAGACUACGUGGACAGCCAGGGGCGGCUCUGGCAUCACACGCAUGAGGCCUGGACUCCAAAAAGCUGGGGCGGCUGGAUGGGCUCGGAGCCCCGAGACUACUCCAACUCCUGGGGCUCCCCGAGGAUGAAGUGCAAGACUUGGCCAAAAGACUACGACCAGGACUACGAGGCCCUCUUGCACCACUACAGCAUUGAGGCCGGCACCAAUCAGACCUUCCGCGUGAACCUGCAAGAUUCCCAGGAACCUGUGAGUUACUACACGGUGAAGUACAACUUCUGCGAGAAACAGUGGCAUGGUGGCGGCAAGAUGGACAUCGUGAUCAACGGGAAGGUCGUGAAGAAGGACUACAUCACCAAGUGCCACCACACACGUACCGACAUCUACCACUUCAAGUGUAUCCCCACCCUCGCCGGUGUGAUCGAAGUCAGCAUUCAAGGAGACCCUGACGUGAAAGGAGGACAAGCGCGGUUCUCUACUCUGGAAUUUGAGAAAUCCUCGGAUGGCUGCGGCAGCUGCUCGGGCAAGUCUUGUGGCAAGGGCUUCUGCAGCUCGACGAGCUUCUACGACUACUCCUCGAGAUGCGAUUUCGGCAGCGAGGGAAUGGUCAACGAGUUCGACUUGGAGGAGGCCCAGGAGGAGGCCUCUUCCUGCAAGUGCGAUGCGGAUGUGCAGGGAGAAGCCUGCGAGCUGGGCGCCUGCGCGGCCGUCUCUUGCAACGAGCCCUUUGGUGGCUUCUGCCUGGAGGGCAAAUGUCAGUGCAUCGAGGGCCACAGCGGAGAGAACUGCGAGGUGGCACCCGACAUCGACGAUUUCGGCUGCUACGCUCAGCACGAGGAGGUCUCGGAUUUCCUGACGGUGUCCACGGUGUGCCUUCCGGAGCUGAUCGCAGGUCCGGCCAGGCACGGGCACAUCUUCCGCGGACCUUCCCCGAUGAAUGCCGUGGCAGACAAGACCCAGCCCAAUCUCUACUUCUCUUGGACGGCCGAUUUGGAGUAUGGCAAAGCUGCUUCUGCUGGAGAUGAGGGUCGGGUCUAUGUCAGCAAGCUGGUGUUGCCCUCAGGGAAGGGUGAGCCGGUGGUUCUGGCGGAGAGCAAGGCCUUCGACGGAUUUGCUCGGGCCGGUGGCAUCGAUCUCACGGAGGACGGCUUGGUGGGAACGCUCUGCGCCAAGUAUUGGCAUCCUUGGGUGGAAAACACGGGGAAGGGCCUCCACAACGCUGCCAUGGUUCUGGCAGUCUGUGAGGUGAACACCACCACCAUGCAAACGAAGAAGCCGUGGCAGAUAGGCAAGCAAUACCAAGCAGAGGAGACGGCACCCAACACAGGGAUCUGGGGCAGUUUGCCCUUGUCCGCUUGGUUUGCUCAGCGUUCGGCCGGUUACGGCUACCUGGUCUACUCUCCGGCGCACCGGUCAUGGACGGCCUGGUACGGGGCCACCGUGGGUUCUCACACAGGUUUCGCCAUGCAUACAUACUAUCGGGAUGCACCGAUGAUCAGCGCGGAGGAGUACGAGAAGUACAGCUAUCCGGUGCCUCGAGAUCAAGUGGAGUUUCUGGAGGAGGCUUCCGGGCCGUGGCGAGACCACCACCGAACAGGCACCGGCGACCACCAAGCAUCGGCAGCCGUUUCCUACCAUCCGCUUCUGCAGGACAUAGGCCUGCAGAAGCAUACGCACGGCCCCGUGUACAUGCAGCAGUACGGCCUGAGCCCACUUUCUGAGGGAAGCGCCUUUUCUCCGCCGGGCCACAAGACCGGGAGGCUGGAGCUUUCUUUCAGCAACGACACGGGAGUGCAGGCCAACGCGCUGAGGCCUUGUGGCGACGGCUGGCUGGUGGGGAUCAUCGCUGAGAGCGGCAACGUCUGCGCGAAGAUCAGCCGUUUGGGAGAGAUCUUGAAAUGGAAGGUGAUCGAGGCCUCGGUUGGCAAGAUGCCCUGUGGCAGCAGCGGCAAGAACUGCGGAGACCAGGCCCCUGGCCGCAUGCUGCGCCUCGCCCGCUUGGGCCGCGAGAGCGACAGCUCGGACUGCGGCCCGGAGCAGCGCUUUCUGAUGGGUUUCGAGAAGUCCGACAAGUCUCGGUGGCUUGUGGAGCUGGAUGGCGACUGCAACGAAGUGUCGGAGCGGAGCGACGUGACGCGGCACACCCACUGGCCGCUCUAUCAGGACUGGACCACCACGGCCGACGGCGCCGUGGCGUGGGUGACGAGCUGGCACAUUGACAAGGAGGGGCGAUGGGGCCCUGCGGGGAGCCCCAACGGCGUGUGGCCUUACGACCCGAAGCCGAUGAACGAGGACGCGCACGAGGAGUCCCCGCAGACGCCCCUCUUCGGGCCAACCCCGGAUGCGACGAACGCUGCGAAAAUCACGGUCUACUAUCCAAGAAGCGUGCCUACCACGUCCAGCACCACCAGCACGGCAAUGACCACCACCACAGUCUCGGCGAGCACUUCCACCUCCAGCACCAGCUCCAGCACCAGCAGCUCCGGUGGCAGCGACGGCUUCGAGGACGUGGACGGCUUGGGCCGCGCCUGCCGGGGCGCGCACGAGAACGACAACUCCGCCAGCCACUACCGCGUCGUCGCUUCCGGCUCCGGGUCCUUGGAGGCCUGCAAGGCUGCGUGCCUCCUGGAGCCUCUCUGCGUGGGCUUGGAGUUCUCCAAGGGCCGCUGCGAGGUUUGGACGCGGCCGGGCGGGAUCCGCGCCACGAAGGCUCUGGGUCCGAACUUCCGCUGCCUACGCUACGAGCCCGACGAGCCCAACUCUUUCCAGCCGGUGGAGGGAGGUCUUGGGAAAACCUGCAGAGGGGCAAAUGCCGACGACAACUCCCCCAACUACUACGAGACUCACGAAGGCGUCGACCACCUCUUCGAGUGCAAGGCCUUGUGCUUGAAGAAUGCGGAGUGCAAGGGGAUCGAGUACGGCUUCGUGCUGCGGCGAUGCGAGGUUUGGACGCGAGCAGUCCAAGCCACAGCGAGCGUCGAAGGUUUCGCUUGCUGGGCGCGGGACACAGACUUCCAACUCGUAAACGGGGCUGACCAGGCUUGUCGAGGCGCUCACAGCAACGACAACUCUGCGAGCUACUACACGGUUGUUCGAGAGCAAAGCUUAGACGCAUGCAAGUUGGCUUGCACUGGACAUACCGACUGCAAGGGAAUCGAGUACUCUGCCGGUCGUUGUGAAGUGUGGACACGACCAGAAGGCAUUCAGGCGACCUUCCCGCUCAAAGGCUUUUCGUGUUUGCGAUACCAGUCUUCCUCCACGGCAUCGCCGGCUCUGGUGCAGAAGAAACCUCGCUCUCGGCGCCAGUACUUUCUUGGUCCUGCCUUCCUGCAGACAGGCUACAAACAGCCAACGUCCGUGACAGAGUUCACGGAGGGCCCAGAUGUUACAGAUGUUACAGACUCAGAGCUCUGA